CCCUUUAGUGAACUGGCUAUAUAAAAUGUUAGCUCUGUAGCAGUGACCAAAGUGCAUGCGUUUGUGAGGAUCUUACUCCUGUAAAAGCACCAUUUUUAUUCAGUUAAAAGUGAGAUCUAUAAUAAUAAUUAUAAUAAUUAAAUAUUAAACUGAUUAGCUGCAACAGUAUGCUGCUGCAGUCCUUGUAGGGUACCUGGAUGUUUUUGGAGCUAGCAUUGACAGAACCAGGUUUAGUUUUUGGAGUGUCGUUACUGAUGCAUUCCUCUUCGUGAAUGUUUCUAAACAAACACUAGUUGAUUUCCAUCAGAAUUAUAUUCGUAUGAUUUUAUCUUUUUAGCAACAUAUUAUUUUAAAAAUUAAUUGUCCCACAUCAGGUCUCCUGCCAGUUUGCCAAAAAAACAUACUUGCACCAUAGUAAAAAAUGUUAUCUAUUUGGUAGGCGAAGGAGUACAUUAUGUCCGUUGUUCAUGGCCAAAUUUUAAAAAAUGGCCUGUUUUUACCUCACAUAAUUUUGAAAUCUGAUUAUAUGCUGUGCUGGAUAGAUCAUAAUCAUGUAGGCUCCUAAUUGUGCUGUUGUUCUACCAGGUCACUUUUAGGGACACUGGCCGUGACAUCCCAGCCACAUCUGAGGAGAAUGAUGAGCUAUUCCAGUUGAAAGAGCAGUUAGAAAAGUACAAGGAGGAAGCACAAGCAAAUAGGAACUACAUGGUUCAGUACAAAGAAAUUGCGGACUCCAAUGAAGUUGCGUUAAAGCAAUUGGAAUCUGCCCAUCAGGACUACAAGGCAGAGGCCGAGGUUGGCAGGGAAGCCUUGGAAGAUGAGAUUGCUAAAUUGAGGGAUAAGUUAUCUUACAUGGAGAAGAGCUAUCUGAUAAAGUGUGAAGAAGCUGCCAGUGCGAUUGAGUCUAAAGAGAAGCAAAUCACCUCUCUCGUGAAUGAGAUUUCUGUUCUAAGGACAGAUGUUUCUCAGAGAUUACCACAGGUAGAAAAAUUAGAAAUGGAAUUGGCUUCCUCAAAGAGUGCACUAGAUGAGCAGUACAAGCGUUGGCGAUCCGCCGAAGAAAAUUAUGAACGGCAGAGGGAUUGGGCUGAGCUUAAGGAGCUUCAGGAGCAGGGAGACCUUGUCCGUGUUCUGAACCUUGAUCAGAAAAAUAUGUUUGACAGCUGUAUGAAACAGGUGGAGGAUAUGAGAAAGGGGCUGCAGAGCUCGUUGAAAGCUGCUUCUGAUGCUGAAUCAAGGGCUGCCAUUGCAGAGGCCAAAUGUUCUGAUUUAGAGGCAAAGCUGAAAUCAAGGAAGGUCACUUUUAGGGACACUGGCCGUGACAUCCCAGCCACAUCUGAGGAGAAUGAUGAGCUAUUCCAGUUGAAAGAGCAGUUAGAAAAGUACAAGGAGGAAGCACAAGCAAAUAGGAACUACAUGGUUCAGUACAAAGAAAUUGCGGACUCCAAUGAAGUUGCGUUAAAGCAAUUGGAAUCUGCCCAUCAGGACUACAAGGCAGAGGCCGAGGUUGGCAGGGAAGCCUUGGAAGAUGAGAUUGCUAAAUUGAGGGAUAAGUUAUCUUACAUGGAGAAGAGCUAUCUGAUAAAGUGUGAAGAAGCUGCCAGUGCGAUUGAGUCUAAAGAGAAGCAAAUCACCUCUCUCGUGAAUGAGAUUUCUGUUCUAAGGACAGAUGUUUCUCAGAGAUUACCACAGGUAGAAAAAUUAGAAAUGGAAUUGGCUUCCUCAAAGAGUGCACUAGAUGAGCAGUACAAGCGUUGGCGAUCCGCCGAAGAAAAUUAUGAACGGCAGAGGGAUUGGGCUGAGCUUAAGGAGCUUCAGGAGCAGGGAGACCUUGUCCGUGUUCUGGACCUUGAUCAGAAAAAUAUGUUUGACAGCUGUAUGAAGCAGGUGGAGGAUAUGAGAAAGGGGCUGCAGAGCUCGUUGAAAGCUGCUUCUGAUGCUGAAUCAAGGGCUGCCAUUGCAGAGAUUGAUGAUGAAUAUACUCAUGGUGAACUUGAAGAGAUCCUGUCACAAUGGGUUGAUAACCCUAAUUGCGAACUUCCCAGUGACAUCCAGAAAAUCAACAUAUAUGAUGAAGAUAUUGAAGAACUAAAGAAGUAUGCCAAAAAUGGCAUAGCUUACUUUGUCCUGAAAUUGACACCAGCAAAAGGUAGAGGUGGUGGAUUUACUCGGAAAAUGAAGAAUGGCAGCGGAAGUUGGGUCAGAGCCAAUAAAAUCAAUGGAAACAAGUGUACAAUAAGGAUAUAUAAGUUUAAUGAAAACAGUACUUAUCAUAGAGAACGGAGAAUGAUGGAAUUCACUUUGAACAAUGGCCCUCAGGAUAUGGUUUUAUGUAGUGUAGAAUGGGAUUGUAAGACAAGCAAAAUAAAGAAUGAUGCAACAAAAGUAAGGAUAACACGAAGAUGCCAGGAAGUAGAAACAUCUCAAACAGAAGAAGUUGAGUGUUUCAAGCAGAAGCUCCUAGAAGCUGAAAAGAAAAUUCAGUUCUUCGAGCGGAAACUUGAGGAAGCUGACAGGACAUGUUUGGAGCAAAGCAAUCUGGAGCAAAAGCUGGAGGAAGCUGAGAAGGCAUGCUUGGAGCUGAGGAGACAUGUGACUUACAUAGAAGAUGAGAAGAAGUCUCUGAAGCAGAACGUAAUAGAAAUUGAGAGAUUGUUAUUGGAAUCUGAGGAUUUAAGGAAGGAUCUUCAUAAUCAAAUGAUGGCAUUGAAGGGUAACAUGAGAGUGUUCUGUAGGGUUCGCCCUUUGGCUGCAAAGGACAACCCAAAUGAUCAAAAGCUAAUUAUUUUUCCAGAAUCACUGGAAUACUCUGGACGUGGGCUCCAGGUGGUGCACAAUGGUCACGUUGUUUCUCACACAUAUGAUAGGGUGUUUAAGGAUACAUGUUCGCAGGAAGUAAUUUUUAAUGAAAUAUCAGAGCUUGUGCGAAGUGCAUUAGAUGGCUAUAAGGUCACCAUAUUUUCUUAUGGUCAAACUGGUUCUGGUAAAACUUAUACAAUGAUAGGAAAGCCGGAUGAUAAGGGCAUGAUACCCCGUGCUUUAACAGAGAUCUUUAACAAAAUCGGGGCAUCUAUCCAGUGGAACUUCGAUGUCGAGGCUUCUAUGUUUGAGAUAUACAAUGAAAAGAUUUAUGAUUUGUUAGACACAAGCAUGAAGAAAAACUGUGAUGUUCGUACUGAUGAACACGGACGAGUGAUGGUUUCUGGUCUUGUCCAACAACCAGUCCGCGAUGAAGAUGAUGCGGCUUAUCUAUUCAAGGAGGCCUUGAAACAUAGGUCUGUUGGCAAGACCCAAAUGAAUGAAAAUUCAUCUAGAAGUCACUUCGUAUUCAAGUUGAUCAUUUCUGGGUACAAUAAGCAAUCAAACCACAAGAUUGAAGGUGUGCUGCAGAUGAUCGACUUAGCUGGCAGCGAAUCAGUGAGCAAGACUACUGACGUGUUGGACGCAACAAGGAAUGAAACUGGUAACAUAAAUAAAAGUUUACUUGCCCUAGGGCAAGUUUUUGAAGCAAUUCCGAAAGGGGAGUUUUUGCCAUUUAGGGGUUCCAAGCUGACCCACUUUUUGCAGAACUCUUUUGAGGGCCAUUCAAAAGUGCUGUUGUUUGUAAACAUCUCUCAAGAUCCUAUGUUUGUCCAUGCCACAUUAGGGUCACUAAAAUUUGCUGAUAAGGUUCGCAAGUGCAUGGUCAACAGUCGAGUGCGCGCCGUGCAGGAAAAGAGCAUGUUGCAUGAAGACAAUGAAGGACACAGUGUUUUACCAUCCACACACAAAAUAUCGAAGAGUCUUUUCAAACAAAAAGCAACAGAACCAAAAGGUCAAGGUGCUGGAAAGUUUGGAACUUCAGUAAAGCACCCAAAGCACCCAAUCAGCCGGUUCCCUACCUGAAGGAGCAGCGGCUUCCUCCUCAGACAUUUAUUCCCUUGCAAUCAGUUCGCGUGAAGCCAAUAAUUGAGAAGCUACGAACCCUUGGUGGAUCUGCGCAGUUGGUUUUUGAUGUCAUUCAGUUUGACCGAGCUUUGGAGAAAGCAGUUCUGUAUGCUGUUGGAAAUACACUUGUCUGUGAUAAACUUGACGAAGCCAAAACCUUAAGUUGGAGUGGUGAAAGGUAUAAAGUUGUUACCGUUGAUGGGAUUCUGCUGACUAAAUCUGGCACUAUGACUGGUGGAAUAAGUGGGGUAAUGGAAGCAAGAUCAAACAAAUGGGAUGAUAGCAGAAUAGAAUCUUUGAAGAAGAAAAAAAAUCAGCUGGAAUCUGAAAUGUCAGAGCUUGGGUCUCCCAGGGAGUUGCAGAGAAAGGAGCUUGCCAUAUCUGAGAAAAUAACUGGACUUGAGAAAAAGUUGCAGUACUUGAAUGUUGAACAUAGUAACCUCACAGCGAAGCUACUCAAAGUGGCAUCGGAGAGGAAUAAUAUUGAGGAAGAGAUUAAUCGUCUGGAGCCUGAAAAGGAGGAGCUCGAGAUCCGUCUUGCUAAGAAAGAAGCAGAAGUAACCAAGCUUGAGAAAAAAACAAUGAGAUUGUGGACAAGGUGUACAGAGAUUUUAGCAUUUCAGUUGGUGUGAAGAAUAUCCGCGAGUAUGAAGAAAGG